AUGUCGAAACGGAUUCGCAUCUUCACCACAGAAGACGUCGCAGAACACAGCUCGCCCAGCAGCUGCUGGGUCUCUCGUAAUGGCAAGGUUUACGACGUUACAGGCUUCCUGCCGGACCACCCCGGAGGUGACGAUCUUAUCCUCAACUAUGCCGGAAAAGACGUCGGGGAGAUCAUGAAGGACCCUCUCGAGCAUGACCACUCCGAUUCGGCAUACGACAUGUUGGAAGAAUGCGCGAUUGGCCGUUUGGGCACGAGCGAGACGAUUGUGCGAGAAGAUUGGGUUCCGGAAGAUAGCUUUGAGCCGGAGGACACGGAUCUCGCUGCGGACUAUGAGAAGAACCAGUUUCUUGACCUCCGCAAGCCGCUUUUGCGCCAGGUCUGGGAGGCCAAUUGGACCAAGUCCUACUACUUGCAGCAAGUCCACCAACCUCGCCAUAUGCCCGAAUCACCGCGCCUGUUUGGCCCUGCUUACCUAGAAGUCUUCACGCGCACGGCGUGGUAUGUUGUGCCCGUCGUUUGGCUGCCAAUUGCUAGCUACCUCUUCGCGCGCUCGCUUGUCCAGUUCACAGUUGGGAAUAAUGCCCUUCCGUUGUUCAGCGUGAACCCCUCCGCUCCGUUGAAGCUUCUCAUGGCUGUCGGUAUUCCUGCAUCAUCUAUUGUCAAGACGACACUCUGCUUCGCAUUCGGUAACCUGGUGUGGACCAUCCUCGAAUACAUUUUCCAUCGUUUCCUAUUCCACAUCGACAACUUGUUGCCUGACCAUCCGGCGGGGCUGACAUUGCAUUUCUUGCUGCAUGGUGUUCACCAUUAUCUGCCUAUGGACCGGUGA